AAAGGGUGAUUUUUUAAGAGCUUGAUAACUUUUUUUUAAAAAAAAAACGCAUAAAAUUUGCAAAAUCUCAUCGGUUCUUUAUUUGAAAUGUUAGAUUGGUUCAUGACAUUUACUUUUUGAAGAUAAUUUCAUUUAAAUGUUGACCGCGGCUGCGUCUUAGGUGGUCCAUUCGGAAAGUCCAAUUUUGGGCAACUUUUUCGAGCAUUUCGGCCGGAAUAGCCCGAAUUUCUUCGGAAAUGUUGUCUUCCAAAGCUGGAAUAGUUGCUGGCUUAUUUCUGUAGACUUUAGACUUGACGUAGCCCCACAAAAAAUAGUCUAAAGGCGUUAAAUCGCAUGAUCUUGGUGGCCAACUUACGGGUCCAUUUCUUGAGAUGAAUUGUUGUCCGAAGUUUUCCCUCAAAAUGGCCAUAGAAUCGCGAGCUGUGUGGCAUGUAGCGCCAUCUUGUUGAAACCACAUGUCAACCAAGUUCAGUUCUUCCAUUUUUGGCAACAAAAAGUUUGUUAGCAUCGAACGAUAGCGAUCGCCAUUCACCGUAACGUUGCGUCCAACAGCAUCUUUGAAAAAAUACGGUCCAAUGAUUCCACCAGCGUACAAACCACACCAAACAGUGCAUUUUUCGGGAUGCAUGGGCAGUUCUUGAACGGCUUCUGGUUGCUCUUCACCCCAAAUGCGGCAAUUUUGCUUAUUUACGUAGCCAUUCAACCAGAAAUGAGCCUCAUCGCUGAACAAAAUUUGUCGAUAAAAAAUUUUCGAACCGAACACUGAUUUUGGUAAUAAAAUUCAAUGAUUUGCAAGCGUUGCUCGUUAGUAAGUCUAUUCAUGAUGAAAUGUCAAAGCAUACUGAGCAUCUUUCUCUUUGACACCAUAUCUGAAAUCCCACGUGAUCUGUCAAAUACUAAUGCAUGAAAAUCCUAACCUCAAAAAAAUCACCCGUUACAUACAUGCAUAUGUACAAAGUGCAGUGAUCUCUAAAGCAAGCGCUCAUUAGCACAUAAUAAAGACCCACCUAUAGGUAUACCGUAUAGGACAUUUAGACAUAAAAUAUACAUAAAACAAAUAUAUAUGUAUAUAGAAAAAUAAAACAAAUAAAAUAUUUCCGGUCAACAAUAAAUAAUUAAAUCAAAUAUAAGCGAUAUUCUGUAUUCGCGUAAUAUUUUACUUGAAAACUCUUAUUUACUUAAAAGAGUUCACGUCUAAAAAUUUCGUUCAAAACUCUUAUUAACUUAAAAAAAAUCGCGAUUACACACACUAUCAAAUACGUAAAGCUUCUCGUCAUAUCAAGUUCAUUCAAAACUCUUAUUUACUUAAGAGUUCUCGUCUAAUCAUAUACAUAAAUAUAUAGAUAAAUAAACAAAAAUAUUAUUUGAUUCUCGGUUUUAUUGAUUUUUUGGAAACUCUUGUAUACAAAAGAGUAUUCUAUUCAACAUUUAAUAUACGAAAUAUUUUCAAAACAUCUACAAGUCUAGUUUUCACUAAGACGUUUUGAUUUAUUAUAUACAUCUUUUAAAUGAGCUCAGACUCAAAGGAAUCUAAAACAACUCAGUUGCUAAAAGUUCCAAAAAUUAUUUCAGACGAAAAAAGUCCGUGUACACCGGCAGAAGCUACACGCUCAAAGCAAGGUGCUACAAAAGAGUAAAGACAUUUCUUAUACAAAAUUCAUUGCUGAGAGUGACAGUUUGAUACGAUACUGCACUCGAUUUUCAUCUUCACCGAAUCAAGACAAUUCUGAAUCGGUCUUAGAAAGCAAAAAAGACAAUUUAGACAAUUUUUGGACGCGUCUCCAAGCGGCAUAUGACGAAAUCGUAGAAUCUGACGACUCAGAUCUACCAGAAAAUUUUAAAUCCUCGGCUUACUCCAAGUAUGAACACUGCCUAGACCAGUUCGAAGACACAAAAGCAAUGAUUUCUGAUCAACUAAAGCUAUUAAGAGCAAUUGCACCUACUCCACAACCGAGAGUAGAGCUGCCACAAAGACAAGCCCAACAGGCAAGUUCAGGCAUUCACCUUAAAGUGCCAGUAUGCGGCACAUAUAUAUUUCAUGGUGGUUAUGAACAGUGGCCGUCUUUCCCCGUCUUUCCGGGACAUGUUUACAGCUGUGUACAUAAACCAUCCUAAAUUGUCACAAGCGCAGAAAUUGUAUCACCUCAGAUACAAAACCAAAGGCCAGGCAGGCGUAAUAGUCAAACAGUUCGCUCUCAAUGACGAAAAUUUUAAUUUUGCUUGGGAAGCUCUUAAAACACGUUAUGAAAACGAGAGAAUAUUGGUCGACAAACAGGUGACGAUAUUAAUGAAUUUGCCAAAAAUUCAGAAAGAAACAAGUGAAGAGUUCAUAAAGCUUCAAUCCACUGUUUCAAAUUGUUUGUCGGUUUUAUCGACACAGAAUAUUCCCACAGAUAAUUGGGACCCCAUUCUGGUAAAUAUAUGCACAGCUGCAUUACCAGAAAAAUUGUUACUUUUAUGGGAGCAAUCGCUCUCAUCGCGAAGAAAGUGCCCAACGUGGCAGCAAAUGAAAGAAUUUCUUACUACCCAAUAUGAAAUUGCAGAAAGGGUAGAUAAAAAACUAGUCAGAACGAAAAACGUUCAAAACGACCUCAAUAGAAGCUUCAAUAGACCCCAAGCAAGUAGUCACAAGAAUUUGAAUAGAAGCUUCUUCAAAAAUCAAACGUUCACAUCUGAACAGUACGAACGAACGUCAUGCGAACUAUGCACAAGGGAGCAUAAACUUAAAACUUGCGAGAAAUUUAAGAAAUUAAAUAUAGUUGAACGAAACAAUUUCGUAAAGUCAAAAAGACUUUGCACAAACUGCUUAUCACACGCACACAUACUUAAAGACUGUGAAAGCAAAUUUAACUGCGUCUAUUGUCAUAAACGACACCAUUCGAUGCUCCAUAGAAAUAAUUUUUCCAGCUUACCCCCAAACAGCGCAAAUAUCAAAAGAGCCACGGAUUUAGUGGCAACAACAAAGUCCGAAGUAGCAAAUCCACAAAAUAGCCAAGAAGCACCAUGCUGCUCAAAGGCGUUAAAAACCCAAACGCUACACUGCGAAAAUCACAGUAGGGUACUAUUACCGACAGCAGUUGUCUCCAUCGAACACCGAGGAGAACUGUUUAUACUCAGAGCCUUAAUAGACCAAGGAUCACAACGAUCAUUUAUAGCGUCUAGGGCACAAAACAGGCUGCAGUUACCAACAAAACUGGCCAACUUUGAAAUCACGGGAAUGGGCGGAAGAGUUGUUCAAAACUCAAAUAAAAUCUGCCCCAUUACCCUCUUUUCCCCCAAGGCGGAUAAGCACAUACAAGCAGAAGCUAUUGUCCUACCGCAAUUAACCAAUAUGUUACCCAGCUAUCACAUAAAUAGCAAUCAUUGGCAAAAGGUUUCACACCUAAAGCUAGCAGACCCAAACUGCAACACCCCCGCUCAAAUAGAUCUUCUAUUAGGCAGCGAUCUCAUACCACAAAUUAUUCUCGAAGGUAUUGAGAAAAUUACCAAAACACUUCUGGCGCAAAAUACCAUUUUCGGAUGGGUCCUAAGCGGACUAGUUGUGGAACCAGUUACAACAAUGACAACUCAAGUUGAGGAAGUCUCAAAUGAGUAACUCAAUUCACAAUUGAGAAAAUUUUGGGAACUAGAAGAACUCCCCCCCAUAUCAGUCACAACCCCUGAAGAUCAGUCUUGUGAGGAUUUUUACAAAGCCACAAGUACUAGAUCAGAAAAUGGUCGGUACGUCGUACCACUACCACUUAAGUAACAAUUUCCUAACCCACUCGCCUUAGAUCACUCUCGCCCCUCUGCAAUACAGCAGUUUCUAAGUAUCGAAAGGAACCUACUUAAAAAAGGCGAACUCAAAUCUGAAUACGAUGGUGUGUUAGAAGAAUACCUCCAUUUAGAUCACAUGGAGGAAAUAAACCCAGGGGAGAAAAUCAUCAACGGUUAAUACUACUCCUUUUACCUGCCACAUCACGCAGUAGUAAAGCCAGACAAAAAAACCACAAAGGUAAGAGUUGUUUUUAAUGCCUUAAAAACCACUAGUUCAGGGAAUUCCCUAAAUGAUAUCCUAUUUACGGGACCCACACUCCAACCAGAUUUAAUGCUUCUGAUAUUAAAUUGGCGUAUAUACAAAUACGUAUUUAAUGGGGACGUUGAAAAAAUGUAUCGGCAAAUAGGCGUACAUUAAGACGACCAAGAUUUUCAACGUAUUAUGCUCCGAAGAUCCCCCACCAGUCCUUUACGCGGCUUCAAAUUAAAAACAGUUACAUUUGGCAUUAACUGUGCACCAUAUUUAGGCAUUCAAACACUCCACGAAUUGGCAGACAAGACAAAGUCAGAAUUUCCUCUGGCAACUGAAGUGUUGAAAACUCAAACGUAUGUAGACGAUAUUCUGUCUGGAAAUCACACCCUUCCACAAGCAUACGAGGCCUUAUCAAGGUAAAUAAAACCCUCAGAUCCGCAGGGUUUCCAUUAAAAAAGAUUACGGUAAAUCACCCAAAUAUUCUCAAAAAUAUUCCAAACGAAAAUUUGUUGGACACUAAUUUCCUUAUAUUCGAAAAGGAAAGUACAACAAAAACACUAGGCAUCCAAUGGAAUGCGAUAUCGGACCAGUUCUCAUACACUAAUGAGUCAAUAUCCGCACUAUCAGCUAUUACAAAGAGGCAAAUUUUAUCCUCGGUGGCAAAACUUUUCGACCCCGCAGGAUGGCUUUCGCCAAUUAUGAUCCAAGCGAAAAUCUUAAUACAAGAAUUAUGGCUAGAUGGAACCGACUGGGACGAACAAGUGAAACCUCUUCGCUUAGAAAAAUGGUUCCAGUUCGCAAACAAUCUGAAUGGCAUUUCUCAGAUUCAAAUUCCACGAUGGGUAAAUUACUCUUCCGAUCACAAAGUUGAAUUACAUGGCUUUUGUGACGCCUCAGAAAAGGCAUACUGCGCUAUAAUCUAUGUGCGCACGAAAAGUGACACCACUUAACUAUAAGUUUCCCACGAUUUGAGUUAUGUGGCGCACUACUACUUUCAAAAUUAGUAGCCAUGGUGAAAACGCAUUUAAACAUGACAAAAUGCAAACUAUAUAUGUGGUCCGAUUCCGAAAGUGUACUAGCCUGAGUGGAAAAACCACCACAUGCAUGAAAGACGUAUAAUUUCUAACCGAACGUCUCAAAUACUUGACCUAGUGGGAUCAGCCACUUGGCGUCACGUAGCCAGGGCUGGCAAACCUGCCGAUCUAGGUACAAGAGGGUGCAAGCCACUGCACCUUAUCACUCCCACCCUCUGGUGGAAUGGCCCCCCAUGGUUGAUAGAAUAUCCUGAUUCUUGGCCACAAAUACCAUGCGCAACGUUAACGCUCCAGAAGGUCGAAAAAUCGCCACCUUUCACACAUUAUUGGAUGAUAUCGACAUCCUUGAACGAUUUUCAUCGUUUCCAAGGGCUCUCAGAGUAGUUGCUUAUAUGUUCAGAUUUAUAGAACAACUCAAAAGCAAAGUCAAGGGAUCACAUAAUUUUCCAUGCAACACAGUGACGCACCCAGAGUUACAAAAGGCAAAGGUCGCAUAUACACAAGCGCGCUACUUCAGCCGUGAUAUAUCACUACUAAGAGAAUCGAAGCCGAUUGAUAAAAAGAGCUCACUCUUAGUCCUCAACCCAUUUCUGGACACGAAAGGUCUGCUUCUUGCCAAUGGUUGGCUCGCUAAUUCGAGCCUAACUUAUAAUGAACGUCACCCCAUAAUAAUUCCAGAGAGGUCACCAUUUGCCACAUUAUUCCUCCAUUACAUCCACAUCUUAGUGCUACACGCCGAACAUCGCCUCAUGCAACAUGUGGUACGUCAGGAGUAUUAUAUCCCCCGUCUUAAGCCGCAAAUCAGGAAGUGCAUCUUCACAUGCAAGAUUUGCACUAUGCACAAACAGAAGAUGCGAACGCAGAUUAUGGCAGCACUUCCACUGGAACGCUGCAAUUUAGCUCUGCCUCUGACAAAGGCAGUUCAUCUUGAGCAAUGUAGUAAACUGACGACGGAGGCUUUUCUCGCGGCAUUUGCUCGCUUCGUCGCUCGACGGGGCUACCCAUCAAAAAUCAUAAUCAUGAAUCAAAAACUUUUAUUAGAGCUCAACGAGCCACAGAAAAGCAAUUUGUGGAUUUUUAAAACAAGUGGCACCCGAUAUCGUACAAAAGUACGCCCCUCAAGGUAUCAAUUGGCAAUUUAUACCCCUAAGCGCUCCUCAUAUGGGCGGUUUGUGGGAAUCCGCUGUAAAAAGCUUCAAAUCCCAUUUCAAACGGGUAGCUGGAAAUUAUAGAUUCAAUUACGAAGAGUUCACGACGCUAUUAAAUCGAAUUGAAGCCGUUCUCAAUUCACGGCCACUUACAGUACUAUCGCAAGACCCCUCAGAUUUCACCGCCAUAACUCCAGGGCAUUUUCUAAAAGUAGCA